UCGGCGCGGCGCUGCAGGCUCCGGUCCGGGCUGCGUGCGCCAGAGCCUCCCCCAGCGCCGCCGCUCCCCGCCGGGCCGCCGGGCCGCGAGGGCAGAGGCAUGCCCAGGCGGAGCAUCGCGGAGGUGAAGGUGCUGGACGUGCAGAAGCGGCGCAUCCCCAACAAGCACUAUGUGUACAUUAUCAAAGUCACGUGGUCCAAUGGGUCCACAGAAGUCAUCUACCGACGGUACAGCAAGUUCUUCGACCUACAGAUGCAAAUGCUGGACAAGUUUCCAAUGGAAGGAGGGCAGAAGGAUCCCAAACAAAGGAUCAUCCCCUUUCUGCCAGGGAAGAUCCUCUUCCGCCGGAGUCACAUCCGCGAUGUUGCAGUCAAGCGCCUGAUACCUAUUGAUGAGUACUGCAAGGCUCUGAUCCAGCUGCCUCCCUACAUCUCCCAGUGUGAGGAGGUUCUGCAGUUCUUUGAGACCCGACCUGACGACUUGACUCCCCCCAAAGAGGAGCCCAUUGGAAAGAAGAGAUCUGGGUUUAUCCAGAGAACGACCUCUUUCCUACAGAGAGGAGCUGACUCUGCCUCGGUCGAUCCCUUGGUGCUGGAGCAGUAUGUCGUGGUGGCCAACUACCAGAAGCAGGAGAGCUCCGAGAUCAGCUUAUGCGUGGGCCAGUUGGUGGAUAUCAUUGAGAAGAACGAAUCAGGCUGGUGGUUUGUGAGCACAUCAGAGGAGCAAGGCUGGGUGCCAGCGACCUGCCUGGAGGCCCAGGAUGGUGUCCAGGAUGAGCUCUCAAUGCAGCCUGAUGAAGUCCCAUGGAGAUACUGGUCUCUACCCAGGCAUGUUGGCCGCCGUCGGACUCUUGGGGACUUGUACACAAGUGGAUGGGGUCAAGAGGAGAAGUACACAGUUAUUUACCCAUAUACCGCCAGAGACCAGGACGAAAUGAACCUGGACAAAGGAGCAGUGGUGGUGGUGAUCCAGAAGAACCUGGAGGGCUGGUGGAAAAUCAGGUACCAGGGCCAAGAAGGCUGGGCUCCUGCCUCCUAUCUCAAGAAAGGGAAUGGAGAGAUGUUCUCACAGAAGCUGGGGUCUGGCUCCUCCACUCAUUCCUGUGCCUUGGAUCUGGAUGGCAUCUCCCGGCAGCAGGUUGUCACCAGCCGAGAGAAGGAUGGGCUCGCUGGCCAGAGGGAUGGGAGGUUUGACAACCGUCCCCUGCCCAACGCUGACAUCCGCCGCAAGUCACCGAAGAUGAGGCAGAGACCCCCUCCUCGCAGAGAUCUCACUAUACCACGUGGUUUGAACCUGCCUAAACCUCCUGUCCCUCCUCAAGUGGAAGAGGAAUAUUACACCAUUGCUGACUUCCAGACCACCAUCCCUGAUGGCAUCAGCUUCCAGGCAGGAAUGAAAGUAGAGGUUAUCGAGAAGAACCUGAGUGGCUGGUGGUACAUUCAGAUUGAGGAGAAGGAAGGCUGGGCCCCUGCUACGUUUAUUGAUAAAUACAAGAAAACCAGCAACGCGUCCAGGCCGAACUUCCUGGCUCCGCUGCCCAGUGAGAUGGCCCAGCUCCGGCUGGGGGAUGCUGCAGCAGAAAGCAGUGCCACAGAGGAAGCAACAGGACCAUGCAGGCCUCUGCCGGAGGCUCCUCCAAAUGGCAUGGACUGUGGUACAAAGUGGGCCAAGGACUGCAAGGGGAAGGAGGCUACUGAGAGCGGGGACCUGGCCUUCACUUGUGGCUAUGAGGAGAUCUCAGACCGGGAUGUGGAAGAGAAGCCCAGCCUGCCACCCAGGAAGGAGUCCAUCAUUAAGUCAGAAGGCGAGUUGCUGGAGAGGCAGAGGCCUCCCCCCAAACCUCCAGGCAUGAUUUUGCCAAUGAUCCCCCCGAAGCAGUCAGCAGCCCCAAAAGACAGCAAGAAGCCUGAGCUGAAACCUGAGAAGAGCAAACUCUUCCAGCUGAAGAAUGAAAUGGGGCUGGAAUGCGGACACAAGGUGUCAGCCAAGGAGGUGAAAAAGCCAAACCUCCGGCCCAUUGUCAAGCCAACCAAGCCAAAAGCUGAGCCUGCAGAGGACAAGCCUGAGCCGAUCACUCAGAACCCCUUCUUGAAGUCAAGACCUCAGAUCAAGCCCAAACCCCCCACAGCCCCUCGGACUGACCCUCCUCCAGCUGAUGACAAACUGGACAUUUGCAGCCUGCGGAGCAAGCUGAGACCUGCCAAGUGCCCAGAGAAACCCCCUGAGCAGGACACCGCCGCCAGCGAAAGCUCCUGCAGUAACCCUGCAGUUGCCCCAGAGGCUUCUGGAAGGUUUCAGGAGCGACCAAGCAUAGAGAGCAAAGCCCUUCCCAAAUGCCCCCCAGGCCCAGCUGUUGCCCUGGCUGCCCGAGAGCCCGCACCGCAGCGCCCGGUUGUGCCGCCCCGCCGGCCUCCGCCACCCAAGAAAACGACGUCUCCUGUUGCUGGCCCCGCGCCUGAAGCCAGGGCAUCUCCACUGCCAGGGAGGCCCAUGCUGGUUCCCCCCAAAGCCAGGCCCUUCCUGUCUGCUGCCAUCCAAGACGAAGCCAAAGCGAAAAGCAGCAUAGGUCCAAAGGUAAUAUCCAAAGGGGUGGAGAGAGGGGAAGGAAAGGAGAGGACGUCAGCCCCCUUCUCCAACCCAGAUGUCUCCAAGGAAGCUCUCUACGUGGCAGUGGCGGAUUUUGAGGGUGACGAGGAGACCAACAGCUUUAGAGAAGGGACUUUGUUUGAAGUGCGUGAGAAGAACAGCAGCGGCUGGUGGUUCUGCAAGGUCCUGACUGGGGGGCCCUGCUGGGAGGGCUGGAUCCCUUCCAACUACCUGCGGAAGAAGCCAUAGCCUGUCCUGUUUACACGGUUGGAGGUUCCCUGUUCUCCCACCUAUUUAAUUAGAGUCUUAAUUUAUAGUUUUCCGUAAGGCUGGCUUUAAAAAAUAAUAAUUGAAAUCCCAUACAUUCCAGCUGAUGCCCCUCUCCUGCCCCGAGCUCCUGCUCUCUCUUGGCCUGGCAUAGCAGCCCUACAUGUGGGGUACAGUGGCCAGCACAGUUCUCCAUGCUGGGGAGAGCCUUGGUAGAUGGGUUUUGCCACCUGUACAGGGAAUUCAAGAAGCAGCAGCAGCCAGGGAGAGAAAUGCAGCUUGGUUUGGUAUCAGUGAAGGAAAUGUGGCCUCAUGGAUGGAUUUGCUUUUCAGUGAGGCUCAGGGUCAUGAUUGAAUGUUGUAUGUGGUAUUGCUUAAUCCAAGCGUGUAGCAGUCGUACAAGAGAUGUGGCAAAUGGGGGGGGGACUGUUGCUCAGAAUGGUCUGUCCCCAUAGCCCUGUGUGCAUUUGCAGACAUGAAUACACGCUGGAGGCACUCUGGGCUCUGCCUUGCUUUCCCCUGCACAUGCAUUGGACAGUCCCAUGGUCUCUCCCCAUUCCACAAUGACAAGUGUUAACUUAAACAUCCUCCUGGUGGGAAAAAAAGAAGGAAAAAGAAAAGAAAAAAAUGCGCAUGAACACAUAAAGCAAGUCCUCUGGAGACUGUACCUUGCCAUGUUACAGCCAAACAACAAGAGGUGUUUUGCUUCGGUAGCUGAAGAAUACUAUGCAACACACAGAGGACCAUGGUGACCCCAGAAUCCCUGGAAAGAGGAUGUUUUAUUUCCCUUCUGACACAGACUGGACUGCCUGUUGGACUAAUAGGGGACUGCCUGUUCCCAUGACCCACUGAGCUUCCCAGGGCUGGCAGGCAGCAGCCAGGUGGGUCUUCCAGUAGGUGCUGAUCUUAUCAAGUGCAAUCCGGAAUGUGGGAGCUCAGCUACUCAUCGCAUCCAGUUGUGAGGUGUGGCUGGUGCUCAGGUGCUCCCUCCUUUGUCACCCUAGCUUUCUGUUCUCCUGUCCACAAGUGCUUUCAGCUCACCCUGUGUGUUGGUUGGCUCUGGGGGCAUCAGAUCAAACAGAGUGGGUUUUAUUUCCACACUGGCACUGCUGCCUGCUGGGCCUGAUCCUGCUGGCGGUGGUGUGUGUCCCAGGGGGAGGAUGAAAGUGAUCUGCUUGGCUGCCUCUUUAUGCCAUUUUCUUCUCUUGCAGAUUCAGAGCCACGUUUCUUUCUUUAGAAGAGCUUCAUGCCCUUUGCUUUGGUGGGUUUGUGGUUGACCAAGCCUAUGUGCCCUUGUUAUUCUAAUUGCAAGGGGAAGUGCUGCAGAUGCAGCUCUGCAGCCACAUUGUUUGGCUGCUGAAAACAAUAAAUGUUCUCCUUUUAAUUUGAGGUUGGUGGAAUUGAAGACAGUCUGCGUGCCAGAGCCAUGCUACCCCCUCCCCUGUGCACCUUCUGCCUUCCUAUAUCCUAUGCUUUCUGCACUGGAAUUGUGGAUGUAAAGAUACAUCUUUGUAUAUGCAAACUGGGCAGGGUUGCACUGGGAAGGUGAUGGUUCAUCCCAGCCCCACUGUAGCUAUAGGGAAGCCCUCACCAUUCCAGCAAUGCCAGAAGCCCAAAGGUUCAUUUAGGUUGCAACCUAACCCAGUAACAGAUCCCUGUUAGGAGAUGUUGGUGUGUUCCCUGGAGAGUUGCACAGUGGGUUGGGAAGAAAUGCUGCCUUUUUUCUGCUCCAGUAAAACUCCUUUGCUGUGGCAAUGAGGGGGGCCAGGCUGAGAUAAGGCAAAGCAGCCCGGCUGAGCCAUGUGGGACAUAGGUCCCCAUCCCCUCUGGCUGCUGGCAGUCACAGUGGGGUGAAAGCAGUGUGCCCUUGUCCCAGGACAGCAGAUCCUUGCUCCUUCUGUGCUGAAUGUCCUAACCCCUGAAAUGGCUCCCCUUUCUCUGCCUCGUCAUCGCCCUCACUGAUCCCACUGUUCCUCACCAAGAACAAUCCUCUUUCUGUUGCUUCUUUCUGUUGCUUCCAGCCUAAAUGAGGGCUAUUUCUGCUUUCCUCCCAGCCUGGGCCUCAGAACUCGUCCUGCUUCAUUUUGCUGACACAAGUACUGUAUUGGGCUCGUUGAGCACAUGACAGCAUCAGUCUUUUGUUUCCAAAGAUCUUCCCAGCAUCACAGAGGUGUCAUCCUCAGUGUGACAGGGGCAGCAGGACCCUUACCCCUUCCUGCUGCUCUUCUGUCUGCAAGGGGACAGGAGCCCCAGCAGGAAGGUGCUGAUGGCACGUUUGGUUCCACACAGGUGUGCCAGCCCUCUGUGCUUCCGUCUGGCGGUACCUUGUGGGUGCUGAGCCCCCGACUGCCUCGUGAGGAGGAGGAGGUUGGCCCGUGGUACUCAGGCACCUCAGCGGGGGGAUGGGGGGAGCUGGGGGGGAGGGCUGGAGGCGCCAGCUCAGUCUCACUCGCUCUCAGUGUGUCUGCCCAGGUCUCGCUGUACGAUGUAAGCGUGUAUAAAUCUGCAUUACUGUGGGCGGGUGGGGGUGGCAGCGGAAGAUAGAUGUAGCUGUGUAAAUGCCGUAUCUAUAUGUUCACCAUUAGGGGUUGGGUUUUGUGGGUUGGUUUUUUUGUUGUUGAUUUUUUUUUUUUUUUUUUUUUUCAUUCAGUGGGGUUUGGAAG